AUGUCAUCCGCCACCCCUGGGCCCCGAAUUGCCAUUGUUGGCGUGGGUCAGGUCGGUGGAGCAGCAGCAAACGCACUUAUUCUGGGCUCUGUCGCCCGUGAGCUACUUCUGGUCGAUGUCAAAAUUCCCCUGCGCAAUGCUCAAGUCCAAGAACUCUCCGAUGUGAGCAAUAUGAGCGGUGGCGCUGAGACGCGCAUUCGAGCCGGAACAUACGAAGAGGCCGGCCAGUGCGAUAUCGUUGUCAUCACUGCCGGGUCCAAGUACUCUGUGGGCGAAACAAGCGUGCAGCACAUGUAUCGCAACAUGGGCAUUGUCCAGAAGAUUAUCCCUGCUAUGCGGCCUUUCCGACCCGAUACCAUCCUACUAGUGGUGUCUAAUCCGGUGGAUCUACUCACCACUGUCGCACAGCAGUUGUCCGGCCUCCCACCCACGCAGGUCCUGGGAUCCGGAACGCUGCUAGAAUCUGUGCGGCUGCGUGGACUCGUGGCUAAAACCACUGGGGUUGCCCCGGAUUCCGUCGAUCUUUAUGUUCUGGGGGUUCAUGGGAUUGGAGAGACCGUGGCUUGGUCGACUGCCACGGUUGGAGGACUGUCGCUGGCUAGGGCCAUCCCCCCGAACUCCCUCGAUCCCAUCCAGCUCGCCCGAGAGUGCCGGCAGAUCUCCCAGACCAUCAUUCAUGCGAAGGGAGCAAUACCUCUUGGAACCGGUGCCAUCAUUUCCAAGGUCUGCUCCUCGAUCCUACGUGAUCAGCGAGAUAUCUAUCCCAUCAGUCACUAUCAGGAGGACUUUGGCUGUUGCUUUAGCUUGCCGGUGAUCAUUGGCCGCAAGGGAAUUCUCAGGACUAUUCGCGUCGCAGCUAAUGCAGAGGAGUGGGAUGGAAUCACCAAAUCAGCCAGAGACCUGAACGAGACGAUUCAACAUGUAAAGGAAGGAGCUUAG